CGUUCAGUUGAAGUGUAUCGAGAUGUACAAGUCUUUGAUUGUGUUCGCUAUUGGCGCGCUGCUCUGUGUGGGCGCUCAAGGAGCCGCCGUUGACUCCAGCAAUGCCGAUUUGGUUGUGGAAAUGCAAAAGAUUGGUAACGAGGAGCCUGUGGCACCACCAGAUGUGUCCAGUGUGCCUGAAGACUGCCAUCAACCCAAGGAGACGGGCAGAUGCUUCGCACUCUUCUACCGCUAUGCCUACAAUGUGGAUACGGGGGCGUGCGAGGAGUUCAUCUAUGGCGGCUGUGCGGGCAACAAAAACAAUUUCGAGACCAAGGAGCUGUGCGAACGCGCCUGCGUCCUUAAAUCCAAUGCAGAUCCAGAUGCUGAGAAGGUUACUGAGGCAGCUGAGGCGUCGCCGGCGGCGGAGGCAGAGUCAGUCCCGACUACCGAGAAGCUGCCAGCGAAGGAGGACACAAGCACGCCGCUCGCUACAUAAGAGCACAAAUUUUUGAAUUAGUUAUACAGCAUUUUAUAAUUCUUAACUCAUAUGUGUCUGUUUAUUAUGUUUAUGCAAUAAAACCGAUGUUAGUAUUACGUUACUUUUUUGAAUAAUAAGUUUAAAAAGCCGAAAAUUAAAAAAAAUACUUUCACGAAUCAA